GCCACUUGUCAGUGUCCAUCAAUGCCAGCUGUCAGUGUUCAUCAAUGCCAUCUGCCAGUGCCCAUCAAUGCCACAUAUCAGUGCCUACCAGUGCACAUCAAUACUACAUAUCAGUGCCCAUCUGAGCUGCCUUUCAGUGUCACCUAUCAGUGCCAGUCAGUGCCACCUAUCAAUGCUGCCAAUCAGUGCCACCUAUCAGUGCCAUGCCACCUAUCAGUGCCUCCUCAUCAGUGCCCAUCAGUGCUGCCUAUCAGUGCCCAUCACUGCAGCCUCAUUAGCGCACAUCAGUGAAGGAGAAGAAUCACUUAUUUACAAAAUUUUAUAA